AUGCCAAAGCAAAGAGGCUUUCGUCCUCAAGGACUUAUUGCCCCGAUUCAGAGAAUUAAAUAUACUGGCCCAACGAUACUAGACAAAAUAAACCGAGAAAGUAGACCCACAUGGGACGAUUUAAAAGACAGAAUUAAAAAUCAGGAAGGAUGUAAAAUGCUUGAAGAAUAUGAAAAUGCAAAAUACGUUGAAGAAUUAAAUAAAAACAGAGAGGAGAAAAUAAAAGAACAAGAAAAAAGGUACAUAAAAAAACUGAAAAAAGAAUAUAAAAAAAAAAAAAAGAAGAAAAAUAGUGACGAUAGUAAUACAACAGAUGAAAGUUCUGAAGAUGAAGAUUCUAAGAAAAAAAAAAAAAAUAAAAAUAAAAAUAAAAAAUACAGUGAUGAUAUGAGCUCUGAUGAAAUUUCUGAUUAUGAAAAAUCUAAGAAGAGAAAAAAAAAAGAAAAGAAAAGAAAAUAUAAACAUUCCUCAAGUAGCGAUGAAAGUAUGUCAUCUAGUGAUAGCUCAUCAUCAAAAAAAAUCAAUAAAAAGAAAAAAAGAAAAAAAAAUUCAUCAUCAUCCAUGAGUUCUUCGAGUGAUUCAAAUGUAAAGAAAAAACAUAAAAAGAAAAAGACAAGUGAUAAUGUCAACCCUUUUAAAUUAUCAAGUUUCUUUAAAAUGAAAUAA